UAUUUCUGGCAAGUUCCAGAUUUCCACUCUACCUGAGUCGGUGACUAGCCUUGGACUAGCCUUACAAUAUACAAACCAUAGGCGUGGACAGAGCUGGUGAUGAACAAAUGGACAACGCCUAUCGUCAUCUCUUCAAAAUAUGACGGAUGUCGUCUACUUCUAAAUCCUUUCUUAUUCCAGACUUUUCGAAUUAUCAUAUAGGCAGCAAGUGUACCUCCACAAUGCACAUCUCAUGUCUCUGCAACAGAAAGCUCUUAUUCUUCCCAAAAAGCGGGGCAAUUUCCAAGUCGGCUCUCGCAGCAUCCCUAGCCCUGGUACAGGGCAGCUCUUGGUCAAGGUUCUCUCUGCUGCCCUGAACCCGGUUGACUACAAGAUACAGCACACUGGAAUAUAUGUCACUCAUUACCCUGCCGUUUUGGGCGUUGACAUUGCUGGAAUAAUCGAAGAACUAGGAGAAGGUGUCGAGAAUUUCCGCAAAGGCGAUAAAGUAUUGGCGCAUGGACAUUUCCUUAUUAUCGAUCAAGGUGCGUUUCAGCAAUACACCCUGACAGUUGCGACGUUCACCGCAAAGAUUCCUUCAAACCAAUCUUUCGAUAGCGCAGCUACUGUUCCUCUGGGAUUGGAUACUGCAAUAGCGGGCUUAUACGGAAAUCACCUGGAGGCCGGCAUAGACCCUCCUUGGGUGAAAUGUGUCAGUGGUCAUGAACCAAAAAAACCCAUCGUCAUCCUUGGCGGUUCUUCUUCUGUGGGUUCAUACGCCAUCCAACUUGCUCGUCUUUCAGGAUUCUAUCCUAUCGUCACUACAGCAUCCCCUAGCAAUGAAGACCUUGUCAGGGACUACGGCGCAACCCACUUUUUUGACCGGCGUCUUUCCGGCAACCAGUUGGUGGCGGCCAUUAACAAAGUAACUGAUAGUCCUAUCAGGAUCGUUUUUGACGCUAUCUCGGUGCCAAAAACACAGUCCAUUGGAUGGAGAUUGCUGGCGCAAAAUGGCAUCCUCAUAUUAACUCUUUCUGCAUCAGUCAAGGAAGAUGAAUGCAAGGGACGCAAGGUCGUUCUCGCCGCCGGGAGCCCACAUCUCCCACCGAAUCACGAGCUGUUCCGCAGCUCCUGGACUAUGGUCGAAAAGUGGCUCUCAGAGGGUGUUAUUCAGCCGAACAACCACGAAAUCCUUCCAAAUGGGCUUGAAGGUAUCAUUGGAGGGCUGGAAAGGAUGAGGAUGGGACAGGUGUCUGGAACGAAGUUAGUUGCUCACCCUCAGGAAACACAGUAAAUCCAUGUUUUACGAUCACCAACUUGAGUUGUAUUAGUA